AUUUGUAGAUCAGCGUUUCUUAAACCGCACUCCUCUGUUUAACUCAAUGGUCGGUAGCGACGUCGCUAUGGCAGCUCAUGCGAGCGAACUUGAAUUAGCCAAGAAAAACUUAACCGACGCCAUCGGUGAUAAUAUAAAGCACUACUGGGCGAAUUUGAAACUGUGGUUCAAACAGAAAAUCAGUAAAGAAGAGUUUGACGUCGAGGCGCGUCGGCUUUUAGGGCACGAUAACAUUCAUGUUCACAAUGACUUCCUGCUGGCCAUUCUCACCCGCUGUCAGAUUAUUGUAUCUACACCAGAGGUUGGCCCACUUCAGUGGACGGGUGGAUCCGCCGCUAAGCCUGGUAAACCGAAAGGCAAAAAGAAAUUUUCCUCUGUGAGACAAAAAUUUGAUCAUCGCUUCAUGCCUCAGAACCCGUUAAGUGGAGCUCACCCUUUCAGCCCUCGUGAGCUUGGAGCCGAGGAGGAAGAGAUGAAGCUCAGUGCUCACACACUUCUACUGCCCACACGGGGCCAGCUGGAGGCCCGAAUGAUGGUGGCUGCCUUCGAGAUGGGUCUUGACAAUGUCAGCGAGGAUGCUGUAAGCAGCAUGGUCUGUGCUCUAGAGGUGCACUUAAAAGACAUAAUCACUGCUGUGGUGUCCCGGCGAAAGGCCUACCGACUGAGAGACGGACACUUCAAGCAUGCCUUUGGCAGUGAUGUUGCAUUGCGACCCUACCUCAAAAACAGCCUGGCAGCUUAUCAGACUCUAACAGAAUGCCCCCCUUCCAGUGCCUCCCUGCCAGCCGGUCCACCUCCUCAAGUAUCUCCAGAUGAUGCAGAACAGCAAGCUGCUUUCCUGUUGGCCUGUUCUGGAUCUACCGCCCCUGCCCCUCUUCCACCUAUUAACAUGUAUGAUCUGCUUGAAGCUCUGCAGGUGCAUCGCAGUGCAAUUCCCUCCCACACUGUGUACGCUUUAAACAUGGAGCGCAUCAUUUCACGGCUCUGGCACCCGAGCCACGAGGAGCUGGAGCAGGACAAUGUCCACAGACAGCAUCUGGCUGCCAAGGAGGGCCUGCUCAUCAGCUGAGGGGAAUAAAUUUAUUCCAUGCCUGAAUACAUGUGCUCUUAAGUACAAUGGGAGUUUCUGUGAGAAAUUAGACUUAAUAGCACAUUUCAGGGUGAGAAAGUGGAGUGUUAUCUGCCUCAAGCAGCUUUGUUAACAUGCUCAGUUUGGUCACAGCUUUAUUGCAGUUCCAGCAUGUAUUGAUCUAGCUUUCCGAAUCUUUUUGUUGAAACUAGCCAGUGGAGGUAAGUGGUUUUAGGAUAGUCAGCUUGCCUUGUCCAAUCUGUGCCGUCUGUUCUAAUAAACCAUUUUUGAGCCAGUUAGUUCUUAAAGUCAGUUGCAUUUUGCCCCUCUUACACUUGUGCAGUAGCAAUUCACUACUUUUCACCUGCACGAGACAUGAUCACACAGAGAUCAGUAUCACAUACAGAGUCACACACUGAUCUCCAUCAUUCCUCAUCUCUGUGCAGGCACUAUUGACCAGCCAGCAGAGGUUGCAGUUGCAGCAGUAAUGAGGAAUUCUUUUAGCAUGCCCCCCUCAGACAUAGCCAGUGAGAGAGCAAGAUCCUAUUGGUGGUUGGCUAGAGUGGUGGUUUACUGCUGCGCCACCCAAAUGCCCACUUUUUGAUGUUUCUGAGUGUAAAAUUGAAUAACCAUGGACUACUUGUGGUUAUACAUAGCUAGCAGCCAUACAAAGCUGUCCUCACUGCUUCUCAGGUUCUCAGUAGUGUUGUGGGCUCAGAUAUGACCUUGUAAUGAGAACUAAAUAAUUGCACGUCCUUUAAGUGGAUCAUAGCACAAUGUGGGAAUCCUAGUUAAAACCCGUAUUGUCUUCAUCAUGAACAUCACACACACAGCUGCCUUUUACACUAUGUGGCCUAUAGAAUGUGGACACCUGGCCAUGAGCUUGUUGGACUGUAUUUCAAAACCAUGGAUAUUAAUUAAAGAGUUGGAGUAGUCGCAUGAGUCUUAGUGUGGCUCUCCGUACGUAAUACAGAUCUGUGUGGGAGCCCAGCACUGGCAGGUGAUGAGAAGAAGCUUCAGAUUUCACACAUCAGGAGUAAGUGAUAAUCCGGCUCUACUUCAUCACAAAGGGGGUUGUGCAGGUGGCAGCAGGCUUACAAGUAGGAAUUGGAAAUGACUAGUUUGGGAGAUGAAAUGGGGCAGAUGCAUUAAAAAUAAAUUUUGUGAGAUCAGGCACCGAUUUUGGAUCAGAAGGUCUGUUUCAAGAUCUAAGUUAUACUUUAUCCCAAAAGUGUUCACUAGGGUUGAGGUACAGGCUCUGUGUAGGCUACUUGAAUUCCUCUACACCAAAUGUAUCAAACUAAGUCAUUACUGUAAGUCAAAACCUUGUUGCACAUUCAUUUCUGACAGAAAGGGGCUUUCCUAUAACUGUUGCCACAAGGUUGGAAGCAUGUCAUUGAUUGUAUACACCUCUUAGCAAUGAGUGUCCACGACGUACUUCUAACAAGAGGACAUGUUUGUUUUUAUUGUUUACAAACUCAUGUGACAAAUUUUUCUGUUCAUAACCAAACCAUGUGUAAUUAGUAGUAUUUUACAAUACCAUUGUAAGUGUGCCAGUUUGACAUACUGUACUGUUUACUAUGCUAGUGUGCUAUUAAGGACAUUUUCAGUAAAUGUUACUGUCAGCUCUGCGUUCAUAAGCUGUAAACUGGGCCCAUACACAGUCAAAUUUCCUCCCAAAUUAAGCACAUUUAAUUUUUCUCCAGGUGUUUAUUGUAGUUCACUUAAGUUGACUCCUUGAUAUUAAGACUUUAUUUGUAAGCUCUAAAAUGUCCAGCAGGAUUCUGGUCUGCAUAGCGUGUUGGCACUUGUGAAUAUAUAUCUUUUUUUUUUUCAUUGCAAAGUUUUAAUACGGCUCAGUGUCUUGUAAAUAAUUGUACAUUAUUAAUAAGGAACAAAGUCCAGGCUGAAUCCAUUCCAACCUUGUGGUUGUGGUAAAGGUGCAGGCGAGCUUAAAUGUCUUUCCAGUUUCUAUUAUGUUUAAUCUAUUGCAGGUUCCUCUACUUGCACAAACUUUAACUUUUGUAAGAUGUGUUCAGAACAACUGACUAUACUGGAAUAUAAACUAUGUACAAACCUAUGUACAUUAAAAAAAAAAACUUGUAAAACAUUUUGUAUAAUGCAAUAAAAUCAAGAAUCUGUGAGUUGUUAA